UUCUAUUCACAUUGUCAUAGACUUAGCACCGCCAUGAACCACCUUCUGAUUCUUUCCUGCCUUAUUGGGUCAAUUGCAUGCCAGCUGGUCCUUCCACAUGUAUGUCAGAAGAUGUGCACGGCGCAGUACGCACCAGUAUGUGGAACCAAUCAUAUAACUUACAGUAACAUGUGCAAACUGCAGAUCGCCGAAUGUGAAGCCAAACUUCAUCACCGCUUCCUAGGACUGGCCCAUACAGGAACAUGCUCAUCUGGUGGUGGUCACGUGACAAUACCAACUCACUUCGACUGUCGACAACAAGAACCAUGUGACGAGGAGGAGACUACAGGAGAAGUCUGCGGAACAGACGGGGUUACAUACAAAAGUCAGUGUCAUUUGGAACAGUCAGCUUGUGCUUUGGCCGCUGCUGGAGACCACAUGACCAAAUCUCAUUCUGGACCUUGUUCAGCGAUGGAGGCCAGUCACGAAUGUCCGACGAAAUGUGACGAAACUCUCGACCCCGUCUGCAGCAACGCAAACGUCACAUACAAAAACCCAUGCAUUUUGAAGCAGACUUACUGUCGAUUUUUGAAGUACAACAACCCUACAUUCUUGGAGAGAUACGAAGUCCAACACGCUGGAACUUGUGACGGUUCAGAUCCUACUAAGACAAUCGCAGUUGAUUGUAGCAAAUAUGUGACAAAUGUGGGAUCCAUUGCUGUGGAAGGCGGAUCAACCAACUCAGUCAACUGUCCACGUAUGAGUGGUGUUACUCACAGUGUAUCUGACUACGUGUGUGGCGCUGAUAAACACACUUACUAUUCAGAGUGUUACUACUGCAAACACGUUGCUCAAAUGAGCAAAAAUGGUGACCCGUCAGGAGCUGCUAUUUUAAUGACAGGAGUCUGUCCACAUUACAUAACACAACAUGUUAUUGGAUGAAGUUAAUGUGUAUAGAUUUGAAUAAAUGUUUUAUUAUUUCAAAUGGGACUAUA